ACGCUACGUAGGGCACAGAGAGACGACGAAGAUGCAAACAGAAGAAUCUCUAUGGAGUCCAGUAGAAAGAGGAUGCCUUUCUCUCCUUCAUCGAAGCAACAACACGAGGAUUUCUCUCCUCCAAAUCCACUCUUUCAUGCUUCGAAGAGCCCUCGAGACCAACGUCAAUCUGUUCACCAAAUUCCUAGUGGUCUGUGCUUCUGUGGUGGGUACCUGCCACGCUCGCCGCGUGUUCGAUUACAGGCUCCACAGGGACGAUAGCUUCCUCUGCAACUCCAUGAUCAAAGCCCAUCUGGGUAUGCACCAAUUUGGUGAGUGUUUUGCUCUAUAUCGAGAUCUUAGGAGGGAUUCAGGUUUUGUGCCCGAUAAUUUUACGUUCACUUCGUUGGCAAAGUGUUGCGGCUUGAAUUCAGCUGUUUGUGAAGGUCUAGAGAUACAUAGUCAUGCUAUAAAGAACGGUCUUUGUUUAUAUUUGUAUGUCUCUACAGCGUUGGUUGAUAUGUAUGCGAAAUUUGGGAAGAUGAAUUGGGCGAGAAAGUUGUUCGAUGAAAUGACUGACAAAAGUCAAGUAUCUUGGACUGCUCUCAUUGGCGGGUAUGUGAAGGCCGGGGAUAUAAAUAGUGGGAGGAAGCUUUUUGAUCAGAUGCCUGAGAAGGAUUCUGUAGCUUAUAAUGCAAUGAUUGAUGGUUAUGUUAAAGUGAGAGAUAUGUUAUCAGCUCAAGGUUUGUUUGAUGAGAUGCCAGAAAGGAAUGUGAUUUCUUUUACAAGUAUGAUUUAUGGUUAUUGCAGUGAUAAUGAUGUCAUAUCUGCUAGGUCAUUAUUUGAUGCCAUGCCUGAGAAGAAUCUAAUUUCUUGGAAUACAAUGAUUGGUGGAUACUGCCAAAACAAACAACCUCGUGAAGCAUUGAAUUUGUUUCAUGAAUUGCAGUCAAGCACUUCAUUGGAGCCAGAUAAAGUGACCAUUGUAAGCAUUCUUCCAGCUAUUGCUGAUUUGGGAGCUCUUACAUUGGGUGGUUGGGUUCACCAUUAUGUUCGUAAGAAAAAUCUUGAUAGAGCAACAAAUGUAUGUACUGCACUUGUCGAUAUGUAUGCGAAAUGUGGUGAAAUUGCCAAAGCACGAAGAGCUUUUGAUGCGAUGCCUAGAAGAGAAGUGGUGUCUUGGAAUGCUCUGAUAAACGGAUUGGCAGUCAAUGGGUAUGCCAAGGAAGCAUUGGAGGUAUUUUUGGAAAUGCAGCAUGAGGGGUUUAAGCCAAAUGACAUAACUAUGAUAGCAGUUUUGUCUGCUUGUAACCAUGGUGGUCUAGUGAAGGAAGGGAAGAGAUGGUUUAAAUCGAUAAAGGACUUUGGAAUUACGCCCAGAAUUGAGCAUUAUGGCUGUAUAGUAGAUCUAUUGGGGAGGGCAGGCUGCUUGGAAGAAGCAGAGAAGUUGAUCACGAGUAUGCCUUUUGAUGCAAAUAGUAUAAUCUUAAGUUCUUUUCUUUUUGCAUGUUCGAAUUCUAUGGACAUUAAAAGGGCCGAAAGGAUACGAGACAAGGCAGUUAAUAUGGAGCCAUUUAACGAUGGAAACUAUGUUAUGUUGAGGAACUUGUAUGCCACAGAGAAUAGAUGGGGAGCUGUAGAGGAAAUUAAGGGACUAAUGAGAAGGAAUGGGGCAAAGAAAGAGGCUGGUUGUAGUGUUGUUGAGGUUGAUAAUAGGAUUUUGGAGUUUGUAUCUGGACAGAGAGAGUUCCCUGAGUGGGAAGCCACACAUUCAGUCUUGGGGCAGUUGGGGAUUCACAUGAGAGGACAAGGCAGCAGUUACAUAGAGUUGGCAGCACCCUAAGCCUUAUAUGAGAAACGAUUUUUUUCAACUGAAAUUUCGGUCGAUGUCCGUUGCAUCACACUACAGGAAAUAUGCAUGGAACCAUUUAUUAACAACGAAGCCUUCUUUGAGGGUAGGAUUAUUCUUGGUUACAUGAUGCAUGCGAUAGAAGAUUGUUGCUUGGCCACAAGAUGAAUAAAGCUGUUACGGAUG